CACAGGUCCUACGGCCUCAGGCCUCCUUGUUACCCAACAGGCGGUUGGGGGUGGGCCACAGCUGCUGAUUAAAGGCUGCCUGGAUCAGCCUUUGUGGAGACGGGCCCAGCAGCCCAGGAAGCUGGCCAGCGCCUGCCCCAGGGUUCAUGCCUCCUGCUCUGACAGUUUUAGGCAUCGCUGUACCUGUGAGAACAUCACCAUGUCCGAGGCACCCUGGGCGGAGACCUUCGUCUUCCUGGACCUGGAAGCCACUGGGCUACCCAGUGUGGACCCUGAGAUCGCUGAGAUAUCCCUGUUUGCUGUCCACCGCUCGUCUCUGGAGAACCCAGAGCGCAACGAGUCUGGUGCCCCGGUGCCACCCCGGGUCCUGGACAAGCUCACGCUGUGCGUGAGCCCGGAGCGCCCCUUCACUGCCAAGGCCAGUGAGAUUACCGGCCUGAGCAGUGAGGGCCUGGCGCGGUGCCAGAAGGCCAGCUUCAACAGGGCUGUGGUACGGACGCUACAGGCCUUCCUGAGCUGCCAGGAGGGCCCCAUCUGCCUUGUGGCCCACAACGGCUUCGAUUAUGACUUCCCCCUGCUGUGCACGGAGCUGCAGCGCCUGGGCGCCCACCUACCCCAGGACACCAUCUGCCUGGACACGCUGACAGCGCUGCGGGGCCUGGACUGUGCCCACAGCCAUGGCACUCGUGCCCAGGGCUGCAAGAGUUACAGCCUGGGCAGCCUCUUCCGCCGCUACUUCCAGGCAGAGCCGAGCGCGGCCCACUCGGCCGAGGGCGAUGUGCACAUCCUCCUCAUGGUCUUCCUGCACCGCGCUGCUGAGCUGCUCUCCUGGGCUGAUGAGAAGGCCCGCAGCUGGGCCCAUGUGGAGCCCAUGUACACGCCACCUGAUGGUCCAAGCCUCGAGGCCUGAGUGCCAGGGGCUCAGUGACGCCCUCACCCAGGGAGAUGAGGCCCACUCCCUGUAGCACGGGCAGCGCCAGCCUUGACAGUUGAACCGGGCUCUGAGGCCUGGAGCUGGCUCCGGACCAGUGCCUUGCUGCCCCUCCCCCCAUCCUCUUAGCUGGGCAGCCCCGGCCCGUGUACCUGCCAGGCCUUCCCCUGGCCCUGGCUUAACUGGGCUGGCAGCCCUAGAGCCUUCUCCCAGCCCCAGCCUUGGCCCGUGCUCCAGUGGACUUUGCUGCCGCGGGCUCCCACCUCUUACCCUGUCCCUCAAUAAACAUUGCCAACUGCUCACCAGCUGACUUUGCAGCUGCCCCCCAUGCCCUGCCCAGAGGGAGCAGGCAGGGAGCCAGUCUGGGGGCCAGAGCAGAGACCCCCAGGCUCACCCCCUUUUGGCCUCUUCCUGCUGUGA